CUGUAUUGUUAUAAACGAACAAAAUAUUUUUACGGUGAUCUGUUUUUCUUGGUAUUCUCGUUCUUUAUAGAUUACGUUCUAUGCUUUAGUAUAUGUUCUUGAUAUUAUUAGAAGGCCUAGCCUUUUUAUUAAUUGCAUGAGAUUAAACUGUUAUCAACCAGAAAAUGGGCAAAUUGGUUUUCUUCUUGGAAAUUACUCUAAAAAGGUCAUCACAAUAUUGUCUUGCAGCUCCUGUGGGUCAAGUGACAGCUUGGAUUUGAAGUUUUCAGAAACUAUCGAACUACUACCCGGAGGAAUAAGCGUUGUUGGAGUCUUGUUUCAAACUCAAGAAGAUGCUGACAUUAAUCUGAUUAAACAGUUUUGCCACAAAAAUGUUUCUAAAGAAUUUGAGUCACUGUGUAACACAGAAUACCUUGUCGUCUGUUGUGUGUCAGAGAAUGUCGGUUCAAUUAUUCCCAAGGAGAAUGUGUUCCUCUACAACUUGGAGCAACAUGAUGUUACGUUAGCGCAGGUGAACGCUGAAUCGUCUCCUGUUGAUUUGUUGACAUUCAGGAUAACUGCGGACUUACCCGUAAAGUUUACAACCAAUGAGAAAGCAGAUUUACUUAGCACAGCUAUUUCACAUAUCGCACUUUUGAAGCAGGACAUUCAGUCAGACAGAGCAGUCUUUCAGAUUAACAACAGCGAAAUACUUAUGGCGGAUGAACAGCUUGAAUCACUUCACACUUCACUGGAGCCCAACGACGUAGCAACAAACAUCUUGGACCACAUUGAAGAGAAAGUGGAGGAUAGUUUUAGCAGGAUGAAAGGAAAAAAGAGUAAGAAGAAAACCUCUGGUGAACAGGUGGUUGAUGUUUCAUUGAUGUUACAAAUCACACAGUCACCUCAGAAAGCUGAAGCACCAGUUGCAUACUACAAGUCUGGAUUAUCACAAGAAGUUAGUUUCCAUCUGCCAGUUAACGCCAUCGUUCAGACUCCAGGCUCAACGCCAGCUUGCCGGCUUGCUGGUCUUUUCAUCACUUGCAUAUGUAGACAACUUACUGCUAUGACAAUGUGUAUGCAAAAAUACUCAGCAAAUGAAAUUUGUUUGGCCAGACCGUACCACUUUAAACCACUGGGGUGUGACCCGUUUAUAACAAUUCUGUAUCCAGACGGCAAAACUGAUGAGGAGUUAGAAUCAAAGAGGAGUCAGUUACAUGAAUUGCUGUUACUCCCUCAGGAUAGGCCAUUACUCAGAAGGUGCAAUGCCUACCGUUUCCCAGCUGAUAAGAAGGGCAAUGUUUAUCUGGAAAAUACACAUAUUGGUCUGAAAAAUGAUGGAUCUGAUGGCAGCAAAGUUUACCUUGUUCACGGAACAUACUCAUACCAUCACUACAUGCAGGAUAAAUUCAACGACGAUAAGUGGGGUUGCGCAUACCGGUCCCUGCAAACCAUUGUGUCUUGGUUUCGACACCAGGGCUACACAGACGUACCGGUGCCGAGCCACAGAGUCAUCCAGCAGACGCUGGUUGAUGUCGGAGAUAAAGAUGCUAAUUUUGUCGGCUCUAAGAAAUGGAUUGGAUCUAUUGAGGUGUGUACUGUUCUGAACCAACUUCUCGAGGUAACCUCAAAGAUAAUGUUUGUCAAUACGGGCUCUGAAAUGGCAAACAAAGGCCGAGAGUUAGCUCAGCAUUUUGAGAUACAAGGAACACCCAUAAUGAUAGGUGGUGGUGUGUUAGCACAUACUAUUCUAGGUGUUGACUUCAAUGAGAAGUCUGGGGAGAUUAGGUUCCUUAUCUUGGACCCACACUACACUGGCUCUGAAGACAUUAAGGUGAUACAGGAUAAGGGUUGGUGUGGCUGGAAAGGACCGGAUUUCUGGGAUCAGAAUGUAUUUUACAACCUGUGUUUGCCUCAGAGGCCGAAGGUUAUAUAAACCUACCAUGUGGAAUUAAACAUCUAUAAUUUCUCACUGGUUCUCACUGGCUAAAUAGCUAUUUUUUCCAUGAACCAUGCACAUCAAUCAGCCAAGUGAUCAGAACGAGUAAACAAACCCCCAUUAAAUAUGCCCUUGAAACAAAAACGCCAGAGUGGAUGGGGGCUUAACCAUAACCCAGUUGGCCCUAUGUGGCCCGAAGGUAGUAGGGUCCAAAGAGGCCUAGCCAGGGGCCUCGGGUUAAUUUAUUUCACCACUGAAUCUAUCACAAUUUACUAGACAUUAUUAUAAAUAAUGAGGUAAUAUUGUUGACAUCAAGUUGAUAUAUGUACAAAAUGUUAUAAAACAGGAGAAAAAACUUUUAAAAAAUAUAAUUGCACUGGUUACAGGAUCAUCAGGAUAUGUAAUAUACAUUAUUAAAUAAUAAAUAUAUUCUUGAUUAAGUAUGUAA